CCGGAGUGCAGUCGACCAAUGAGGCGGAUAGACAGAGACACAAGAUAAUCCUCCCCCGAUGCCUCAUUAGAAGAAGAUGAUGAAAAAUAUAAAGGAGAAAUGACAGCAGGCUUGAUUGCACAGAGCAGGGGAAAAAAAACUUCAUUUACUGCCGUCGACGCUAAAAGGCCUCCAAAUUGUUCCGUAAUAAAGCAGGAGGCGUAGUUAUGUCUGUUUGAAAUUCAUUCAGCACGAUGGGGUCUCAGGAGGAGCUUUAGUUUUCAUGUGGUAUUGAGGCCCUGGUUUUAAACGUUCGAUCAGUACGGUGAAUUCAAUAGGGAAAGCCCUCGGGUCUGCAGUCGUUCGUGAACUGCUGCUCUCCUGCAAAAGUGGACCCGUAUCCUAUUCUCCCAGUGUUUUGUUCCAUGUUUCCCAACAUAUUAACAAAGACUUAUUGCCUGAGAAUGCAAUUAUCUGCAAAGCUGCGGAGGACAUUAAACCCCACACUUCGGUAGGCAGCAUAGUCUGUCUCGUAAUCCACAGGAGUUUAAUUAAUCAAAAAGUUACACUGUUUUGCAGAGUGGGGGUUGCGCUUCAGAUCAGUUUAUGACAGUUGAUAAAUCUCGUUCUCUCUUGCCUACGCUCUUGUGCGGCAGACUAGCUAAAAUAUUAAUGGAGCUCAUAAGCUUUGGGACAUCUUCCAUAAUGAAUACAUGAUCAUCGGGGACUGAUUUCUGGCAGGGACUGAAUUUUUCAAUCCCUAAAACUGAUUGGUCUGUAAUAAUUUGCUAUAUUUUCCUCUUCCGUUCUCAUCUCCUGUCUGAAUUGUGACUGAUAGACGUGGAUAUUAAUUGGAAUGGUGGAGUAGAAUUGUGUGGAGGUGAGGAAGAGGCUGUGCUUGGCCCAAUUAAAGUGCUGUCACUCAUCACCUGUCGUACACCUGUCCUGCAAACUCAAGUCAAGACUGCAGCAUUAGAGUCAUUCCUGGAGAUGAUACAGUGACCCUUUCCAACUGAGGCCAUGCAGUUGGAGAGCUCCAGCUACUGUGUUGGAUUGGUGACGACGUCUACGGCUUCCGGGCCAUGAGUAGUUUUAAGGGCCAGGAUGUGGAAAAACAGGGCAUCAAGCUGCCAAAGAAAUGGAUUGAUUCCAGAGACAAAAUCCCCACAGACCAUACGAUGGUUGUCAGGGGAGGAGGAGACGCUUCCGGUCCUGCAGGAGGUCCGCUGAAGAAACGGCGCCAGCGCUACGUGGAAAAGGACGGCAAGUGCAAUGUCCACCAUGGAAACGUGCGCGAAACCUACCGUUACCUGACGGACAUCUUCACCACGCUUGUGGACUUAAAGUGGCGCUUCAAUCUGCUGGUCUUCACUCUGGUCUACACCACCACCUGGGUGUUUUUUGGCCUCAUUUGGUGGCUCAUUGCCUACAUCCGUGGAGAUCUGGACCAUACUGAUGACAACGAGUGGACGCCUUGUGUGAAUAACCUUAAUGGCUUCGUCUCUGCGUUCCUUUUUUCCAUCGAGACUGAGACCACGAUCGGUUAUGGGUAUCGUGUCAUAACGGACAAAUGCCCCGAGGGCAUCAUCCUGCUUCUGGUGCAGGCCAUCUUGGGCUCCAUCGUCAAUGCCUUCAUGGUCGGUUGCAUGUUUGUGAAAAUCUCACAGCCAAAUAAACGUGCCGAAACGCUCAUGUUUUCCAACACAGCUGUGGUAUCCGUGCGGGACAGCAAGUUGUGUUUGAUGUUCCGUGUCGGUGACUUGCGAAACUCGCACAUAGUGGAGGCCUCCAUUAGGGCCAAGCUCAUCCGCUCUAAACAGACCAAGGAAGGAGAGUUCAUCCCCCUAAACCAGACGGACAUUAAUGUGGGCUUUGACACGGGGGACGAUCGACUGUUUCUGGUGUCACCGCUGAUCAUUUGCCAUGAGAUCAACAAGAACAGCCCCUUCUGGGACAUCUCUGAGGGGCAACUGGCACGAGAAGAGUUUGAAAUAGUGGUCAUCCUGGAAGGAAUGGUAGAGGCCACAGGAAUGACAUGUCAAGCCCGCAGCUCGUACCUGAACUCAGAGGUGCUUUGGGGAGAACGCUUCACCCCUGUGCUCUCGUUGGAGGAGGGAUUCUACGAGGUGGAUUAUGACACCUUCCACCACACAUAUCCCUCUCCGACCCCUUCCUGCUCCGCACGGGAGCUAGCAGAACUGGCAAAGAAAGGGGAAGCUAUCCCUCUGCCCCCUAUUUCACCCCCAGCAACCCUGGGAGAGCCCCUAAGCCCAAAGGAGAUGCCCGAGGAGGAGCACAAGGAAGAAAAAGCAGCAGCAGCAGCAGCAGCAGCAGAAGCAGAAGAGACUGUUAAUGGUGAUGUGAACAGACUGGAAUGCGAGCAAGAAUUUUGAUGCAUUGCAAUCUGCAAUCUUUUGCUGCCCCUGUGUGGCACUGGCAGAUGGAAAUAUAGACAGUGAU